GAUGAUCAAUCCGUGCUGUGUCUGGUUGACCGCAGAGACUUGACUGGUGCGAUUGCUCGACUUUGCUCGGUUCGCUGUUCCAUCCUUCUCUUCCUUCCUUCCACCAUGAGUUCCUUUUCCGUCUCGCACUGGGUGGCUGUCCUCUUGUUGUGUUUGGGAUGGACAAACGCCCACAGUGUCAUCGUCUACCCGGGUUAUCGAGGGAAUAACCUGCACACCAACGGCACCAUCGAGGCCGCUGACGGUUUGGGUGUCGCCUACAACACCAAGAAUGACACCUACAUGUAUCCCUACGGGAUGCAGUGGAUCUAUCCAUGCGGCGGCAUGCCCACCUCGCAAAACCGCACCAAAUGGCCCGUCGGCGGCGGUGCCAUCUCCCUCCAGCCCGGCUGGUUCCAGGGCCACGCCACAGCCUUUAUCUACAUCAACCUCGGCAUGGGCGGGACUCCCCCGAACAUGAGCCACCCGAUGGUCCCGCCGUUCCAGAUCGUGGGGCCCACCAACGACCCCUACCCAGGCACCAUCUGUCUGCCGCAGGUUCUGCUCCCUGAGGGAGUAUCUCCCAAAGUGGGCGACCUUGCCACGAUCCAGGUGAUCGAGACUGCCAAACACGGCGCUGCCCUAUAUAAUUGCGCCGAUAUCGAAUUCGCCGAACCAGAGGACGUCGCAGAAGUCACCCGCGACAACUGCUUCAACUCCAGCGCCAUCUCCUUCGAAAGUGUCUUCACAUCCACCUCGCUGAAAUCAGCCGCGCAGCCGCGCAGCGCGAUAACAACGCCUAUGGCAUACGUGAUUCCGUUCGUGGUGGGCGUUGCGGCUUGGAUGACGUUGUAGUUUGUUUUUUUGUUUUUUUCUCUUUCGCCCUAAAGCAUGCAUAACCUGUCAUAUCAUAUCAUACCCAUAUAGUAUUGU